UUCGCGCGGAGACUUCUUGGCUUGUCGGGCUCGCGCUCAUGGCGGCUGCAGGCAGGGCGCGCGCAGUCCCGAAGCGCCUCGGUUUAUGAAACGCGAGAAGGAAGGAGACCGUUAAAAAUGUGGCGGGGAUAAACCAAACGACCUCCGGUUUUACAUUUUAAAUAAUGUUUGCAGAGGCCAGUCUGUCCGUCUGGGGAUGGGGGGGUCUGGGAGUCGUCCUCUUCCUCAUCACAUUUGGACCUUUUGCCAUUUUUUAUCUGGCCUUCUACAUCCUCUUUUUCAUUGGCGGGUGCUUCGUAGUGCUUCUUUUAUUUGGAAAGAUAAACUCUGAGAAACACUUGGAAAGGUGUGAACACUCCUACCUGCCAUCAACACAGACGGCCAUACUGAAGGUUUUGGAGGAGAUGAAAUCAGAGUCCAAACCCAUAAAGAUUGAUCGACGUUUGACAGGAGCCAGUAUCAUAGAUGAGCCACUGCAGCAGGUCAUCCAGUUUGCUUUGAGGGACUAUAUCCAGUAUUGGUAUUACACAUUGAGUGAAGAUGAAGCGUUCCUCUUGGAGAUCCGUCAGACGGUCCAGAACGCCCUCGUUGAGUUCUCCACCAGGUCUAAAGAGGUGGACUGGCAGACGUAUUUCACCACCAGACUGGUGGAUGAUUUCGCCAAUCAUCUGCGUGUUUUCAGGAAAGCUCAGGAGAGGCUAAAUGAGCGAGAAGAUCCGAAACAACGUGACUCUUCGGAAGAGUUGUUGGACUCGUUUUUUGAGGCGGAGGUGGAAAUGGAGAGGAAGAUCUGUAGAGAUGUUGUCUGCAUGUCACGCAAGGAUGAAGAAGGUUACCUGCGGGAUCUCUGUGAAGUGCUGCUAUACCUGUUACUACCUCCUGGAGAUUUCCACAACAAGAAUAUGAGAUACUUCCUCAAGGAAGUUUUGGCCAGAGGUGUUCUGCUGCCCUUAAUUAACCAGCUGAGUGACCCUGAUUACAUCAAUCAGUUCAUCAUCUGGAUGAUUCGUGACUCCAGCUGUAACUACGAGGCCUUCUUGAACAUCUUAAAGCUGACAGACAAAGUGGACGAGCUGGAGGCCGUCAAAGACAAAGUCCUGGAGGAGCUUCAGUACCUGCGAUCUCUGGACACGGGAGGAGACGAUAUCAACUUCAUUAAGAAUCAAAUCAAUAGUCUGAUCUUUGUGAAGAAAGUCUGUGAAACACGGAUACAACGGCUGCGAUCAGGGAAGGAAGUUGACGCUUUGAAACUCGCUGCUAAUUUCGGGAAGCUGUGUGUGAUUCCAUUGGAACAUAUAUUAGUGCACAACAUCGCGCUGCAGUUCUUUAUGGACUACAUGCAGCACAUGGGCGGUCAGGCGAUCCUGUUCUUCUGGCUGACGGUGGAGGGCUAUCGGGUCACAGCCCAGCAGCAGCUGGAGGUCUUACAGAGCAGCCAGAGAGACGGGAAGAUUCAGAGCAGCCAGACCACCAAAGGCCUGCUGAGAUCCGCCGCGCUCGGUGUCUACGACCAGUACCUGUCCGAGAAGGCCUCUCCUAGGGUGGAGGUGGACGAAGCGUCUGUAACCAGACUGGCUCAAAAACUCAGUAAAGAGGAUCCCACACCAGAAAUAUUUGAUGAAAUACAGAAAAAGGUGUAUGACACGAUGUUACGGGACGAGAGGUUCUACCCGUCGUUUAAGCAGCACCCGCUGUACGUGCAGAUGCUGGCCGAGCUGGACAUGCUGAAAGAGCCCAGUUACAGGGGUUCAGACGACGGGGACGGAGAGUCAUUCAACGGGUCCCCAACAGGAAGCAUUAAUUUAUCAUUAGAUGAUCUCAUCAGCGGGACCGUGGAUGAGUCUGUUCAGCUUCAUGCCUUUAUCUCUGACACGGCUGAUGCUUUUCUAAACCCACUUCCUGUGGCAGGCGUGUGUAAUGAUCACGGGAAGACGUACGCUCUCUAUACUCUCACCGUCGUACGCAAGAGCUCGGACGGCAGCGAGGACAUCUGGAAGACGUACCGCCGAUACAGCGAUUUCCACGACUUCCACAUGCGCAUCACCGAGCAGUUUGAGACCCUCGGUCCGAUUCUCAAGCUUCCUGGUAAAAAGACCUUUAACAACAUGGACAGGGAGUUUUUGGAGAAGAGGAAGAAGGACCUGAACUCUUAUUUACAGCUGCUGCUGAACCCUGAGAUGGUGAAGGCCUGUCCCAUGCUGGUGCCCUACAUCUAUGACUUCCUGGAGAACAAAGCCUACAGCAAGGGCAAAGGAGACUUCGCACGCAAGAUGGACACGUUUGUGAAUCCUCUCCGGAGCUCCAUGAGGAACGUGUCCAAUGCCGUGAAGUCACUGCCGGACAGCCUGGCCGAGGGAGUGUCCAAAGUCUCGGCGGAUAUGGGCCGCAUGUCAGAGAAACUUGGCCAGGAUAUUAAACAGUCCAUAUUUAAGGUGCCUCCUUUAAUUGCAAAGUCUGACAUCGAUCCCGAACACUACCGCAUCUCGGCCCAGCUGGACGACAAUGGGGAUGAUAAUAUCCCACUUAGGGUGAUGUUGCUGCUGAUGGACGAGGUGUUUGAUCUGAAGGAGAGAAAUCAGUGGCUGCGCAGAAACAUCAAAAACCUCCUGCAGCAGCUCAUCCGAGCCACGUCUGGAGACACCAUUAACAGGAAAAUCGUGGAUCAUGUCGACUACAUGACCUCGCCUGAGCAAGUGUCUGAUUACGUGAAGAGAUUCAGAGACUCUUACUGGCCAAACGGGAUCCUCGCCGAGACGCCGCCCCGCAGAGACAAAAGCUUACGCAUGAGGACACGAGUCGCCGCUAAGACCACACUCCUGGGCGUCAUGCCAGAUGAGUUGAAGCACAUCAUCGGGGCGGAAACCACACGCAAAGGCAUCCUGCGCGUCUUUGACAUGUUCCAGCACCAACCGCUGAACCGCCGGCUGGCCUGCGUCUUUCUGGAGCGCUUCCUGGAGACCUUGUUUCCUCAGUACAAGUUCCCCGAGCUGUUCGUGAAGCUCCACUCGCGCUCGCCACGCGUGCUCAGAUAUUCGCAGAAAUUGCGCAGCUUGCAAAAGAGGUGACAGA